CGGAACCCGAGAUUCACUCCCACUGCUCCUAUUGCUGUAGUAAGGUGAUCAAAAUGGCGACUGAAUCAGUACCCUAAAGAAGAACAACGACCCACCACUUGGCUACUGCUACUGCUACUGCCUCUGCUUCUGCUUAUUUGAAUGCAACUCUUGGGAUCUCCCAUUUCUGCUUCAAAAAUGAUGCAUCUCUUUAGGUUUCACACAGCAACCUCGUGAGACCACUUAUUGCGGACUGCAAAAUUCCUUGGAUGAACUUGUAUACAUAUUUCUUGAGGACCAAAUUUAUUGCCGCCGUUGGAUCCAGAUUUUCUUCUCCCGAUGUCUGUUCCAGAGAAGGUUUCUUCGUUGCCAUCAUCCAGUCCCGCUCGGGAGAUUGAUCCAUUGCUGAAGGAUUUGAAUGAGAGGAAGCAGAGCUUUCGGCGAAACGUCGCGUCGUUGGCGGCAGAGUUGAAGGAGGCUCGAAGCCGUCUUUCGUCAAAGGAAGAAUCAUUUCUCAGAGAGACUCAAACAAGGCAGGAGGCAGAGACUAAGGCUAAGAUUAUGGAACAAGAAAUUGGGAGAUUACAUGUGGAAUUGGAAGAGAAGGAUGAACAGCUCAAGACUUCUGCAACGACUGCCACCAAGUAUCUCCAUGAGCUGGAUGGACUUAGAUUACAGCUUAUCGCCACUCAAGCAACUGCUGAUGCAAGUGCUGCAUCAGCUCAAUCUGCACAGAACCAGUGUUUAGCGCUUUUGAAGGAACUAAACGAAAAGAACAGUUCUUUAAAUGAGCACGAAGACCGCGUUAUUAGGUUAGGCGAACAACUCGACAAUCUGCAGAAGGAACUCCAGGCAAGGGAAUCUUCUCAGAAGCAACUCAAGGAUGAAGUGAUGAGAGUUGAGCAAGAUAUCAUGGAAGCUCUAGCCAAAUCUGGUGCGAGCAAGGAUUGUGAGCUGAGGAAAAUAUUAGAUGAGAUUUCUCCCAAAAAUUUUGAGAAGAUCAACAGGUUGUUGGUUGCAAAAGACGAAGAGAUAGCAAUACUCAAAAAUGAAAUCAGGACGAUGUCUGCUCACUGGAAGCUUAAAACCAAGGAGUUGGAAUCACAAUUAGAGAAGCAACGCCGAGCCGACCAAGAACUGAAAAAGAGGGUAUUAAAGCUGGAAUUCUGUCUCCAGGAAGCUCGCACUCAGACCCGGAAACUUCAAAGAAUYGGAGAGCGACGGGAGAAAGCCAUUAAGGAACUGAGAGAACAGUUGGCGGGAAAACAGGGUGAAGCUGCUGUAGAUCCUGAAAAACAAAACUUUUGGGAAACAUCAGGCUUCAAGAUCGUGGCUUCGAUGUCGAUGUUGAUAUUGGUAGUGUUUUCGAAGCGAUGAAUGAAGUAAAAUUAGAAUGUACAGUAGCAUGGGUAGGAGUCGGUCAUUUGGGAAGGCUUUUACAGUGUAGGAAGCAGCAGCUAAGAGCAUGUAGGAGGAGAAUUUUACCCUUCUUCUCUCAUUAGCUUUAGGAAAAAGUAGAACAAUGACUACACUAUUAAAUCUUUAUGCUAAGAUGUUAAAGAUUUACAGUGGCAUUGCCAAAUCACAGCAAGUGAUUCUGUAGUUUUAAUGUGGAGUAUUUUGUUUUUAAUGUGUAGCAAGUUGAGCGAUGAUUUGGAAA